UUCAGAGGAUCGGGAGGACCAGGAGGUGCCAGGCAGGUCUGGGUGUGGGCCCCCAGGAAGCUGGCGCACAGGUGCUGCCGUCAUUCCUUCCUCCCGAGGACACUCUGCCUCAUGGCUCUGGCAAAGGUGCCUGGGACCUGCUUGCUCACCAUUCAUGUCCUGCAGGCCCAUGGUCUGCCCUCCAAGGACCUAGUGACUCCCUCUGACUGCUACGUGACUCUGUGGCUGCCCUCGGCCUCCAGCCAGCAGCUCCAGACGUGCAUGGUCAAGAACAGCAGAAACCCCAUCUGGAAUCAGAGCUUUCACUUCCGAAUCCACAGCCAGCUCAAGAACAUCGUGCAACUCAGAGUCUUUGACCAGGACCUUCUGACCAAGGAUGACCCUCUGUUGUCAGUGCUGUUUGACGUGGGGACUUUGCGGGCUGGGGAGUCCCGGCGUGAGAGCUUCUCGCUGAACCCUCAGGGCAAGGAGCAGCUGGAAGUUGAAUUUCGGCUGCAGAAUCUGACCGACUGUGCUGAGCGCCUCGUCAGUAAUGGCAUCCUGGUGGCCCGGGAGCUCUCCUGCUUGCACGUUCGACUGGAGAAGGCCGGGGGCCAGCAGGGGUCAGAGGGCGGAGUUCAGCUUGUGGUUCCCGGGUCCUGUGAGGGUCCACAGGAGGCCUCCGUGGGCGCCGGCUCCUUCCGCUUCCAUUGGCCGGCCUGCUGGGAGCAGGAGCUGAGUAUUCACUUGCAGGAUGCGCCCCAAGAGCAGCUGAAGGUGCCUCUGAGGGCACUGCCCUCUGACCAAGUGGUGAGACUUGUCUUCCCUACAUCCCAGGAGCCCCUGAUGAAGGUGGAGCUGAAAAAAGAAGAAGGACCGAGGGAGCUGGCGGUGCGGCUGGACUGCGGGCCCUGUGCUGAGGAGCGGGCCUUCCUGAGCAGGAGGAAGCAGGUGGUGGCCAAGGCCCUGAAGCAGGCCCUGCAGCUGGAUGGAGACCUGCAGGAGGAUGAGAUCCCAGUGGUAGCUGUUAUGGCCACUGGUGGUGGGAUCCGGGCCAUGACUUCCCUGUAUGGGCAGCUGGCUGGCCUAAAGGAGCUGGGCCUCUUGGAUUGCAUCUCCUGCAUCACAGGGGCCUCGGGCUCCACCUGGGCUUUGGCCAACCUCUACGAGGACCCAGAGUGGUCUCAGAAGGACCUGGCAGGGCCCAUCGAGUCACUGAAGACGCAGGUGACCAAGAGCAAGCUGGGCGUGCUGGCCCCCAGCCAGCUGUGGCGGUACCAGCAGGAGCUGGCUGAGCGUGCGCGCCUGGGCCACCCGCCCUGCUUCACCAACCUGUGGGCCCUCAUCAACGAGGCGCUGUUGCAUGACGAGCCUCACGACCACAAACUCUCAGACCAGCGGGAGGCCCUGAGCCGUGGCCAGAACCCUCUGCCCAUCUACUGUGCUCUCAACACCAAAGAACGGAACCUGACUACCUUUGAAUUUGGGGAGUGGUGUGAGUUCUCCCCCUAUGAGGUCGGCUUUCCCAAGUACGGCGCCUUCAUCCCCUCUGAGCUCUUUGGCUCCGAGUUCUUCAUGGGGCGCCUGACAAAGCGGCUUCCUGAGUCCCGCAUCUGCUUCCUGGAAGGCAUCUGGAGCAACCUGUACGCAGCCAGCCUCCAGGACAGCUUGUAUUCGUCCUCCGAGCCCAGCCAGUUCUGGGACCGCUGGGCACAGGCUCAGGCCAGCCUGGACAAGGAGCAGGUCCCCCUUCUGAAUAUAGGAGAGCCUCCCACAGCGGCCAGCAGGAUAGCUGAGUUCUUCACUGACCUUCUGACAUGGCGUCCACUUGCCCAGGCCACCCACAAUUUCCUCCGUGGCCUCUGUUUCCACAAGGACUAUUUCCAGCAUCCUCACUUCUCUGCCUGGAAAGCCACCAAACUGGAUGGCCUCCCCAACCAGCUGACACCUGCAGAGCCCUUCCUUUGCCUGUUGGAUGUUGGCUACCUUGUCAACACCAGCUGCCCACCCCUCCUGCGGCCCACACGGGACGUGGACCUUAUCCUGUCGCUGGAUUACAACCUCCAUGGAGCCUUUCAGCAGCUGCAGCUCCUGGAUCGGUUCUGCCAGAAGCAGGGCAUCCCGUUCCCGUCCAUCUCACCCAGCCCCGAGGAGCAGCGCCAGCCCCGAGAGUGCCACCUCUUCUCAGACCCUUCCCGCCCUGACGCCCCUGCCGUGCUGCACUUCCCGCUGGUAAACGCCUCCUUCCGGGAGCACUCAGCCCCAGGGGUCCGGCGGACGGCCGAGGCGCAGGAGGCCGGGGAGGUGAACCUGUCUUCAUCCGACUCCCCCUACCACUACUUGAAGGUGACCUACAGCCAGGAGGACAUGGACAAGCUGCUCCGCCUGACGCACUACAACAUCUGCAACAACCAGGAGCAGCUGCUGGAGGCCCUGCGUGAGGCCGUGCGGCGGCGCAAGCAGCGCCGGGCCGAGUGAUGGGCAGGAGGAUGCCAUGCCACGCCCCAGCCCCACGGCCCCUGACUCUUUCAGGCUCCCUUCUUGGCCGCCUUGCUGCUCCGGUUGAGUUGGGGUGGAGACCGUCAUCACCAAGUUCAGAGCCUCUGGCGGUUUGGACGGCCCAGUUGUGGUCGCCAGCCCUCUGAGGGGCUCACGAAGGCGCCCAGCACCACCCAGACGUGGCACUGAAGCCACCAGCACCCCUGCCACGGACACCCUGGGGUAGGUUGAGGGUUUUAAACAGGGGCUGGGACCUCGUCUCCAUGAUGUGGCUGGAGAAGAUUCAGAGGUUCUGUGGCAGCGGGGUAAGUGGGGCAGUCUGGGCCAGAUUUGUGUGCGCACACAAAGCCCCGUGACCUGGGUGUCCUUUCCCUUCCUUGCUACCUUGAGUAGCUGUACAGAGUGAAAUAAAUAGAGCAUUUUAUGUAUUA